GAUUUUUAUUAAUCUCAUUCUCAAUUUCCAUCUCAUCCUCACACCUGCUCAUCCUCUCACAACCUCAUCCUCAUCCUCACCCUCACCCUCAUCUUCACACUCACACACACACACACAAUCAAUCCAUCACAUAGUUUCACCAUUUGUUGUCCCCUUGGGUUUAUGCAUUUUUAAUUGUGAAUACCUACCGUGUCAAUCAAUUGAUUCACUUCACCGUUGCAUUGUCACAUAUUACUUUCUUUUCUCUUCUCUUCUAUUCAAUCCUUACCAUCUUUCUUCUCCUUCUUCUUCUUCUUCUUCUUCUUCUUCUUCUUCUUCUUCUUCUUCUUCUUCUCCUUCUACCUCUACUUCUAUUUCUACGUCGACCAAGACUUUCCGGCAUCACAUGGCAGUUCUUCCGCCCUUUCUCAUAUCAUCAUAAAUAUAUUUGUUGGGAGUGGGAGUGCGACGACGACGACGACGACGACGAAGGAAAAGAACUUCAAUCAAUUACACAAAGAGCAAACACACCCAUACCACCAACACGGAUCCGAAUUUAAUAAUACCCACGCUUGUCAGAUGAAGGACAACUUGUAUUAGGACUCGGAAAAAGCAAAUCUCAUCAUGGGAAUCAAAAACCAACUCUACAAGAUGUCGCGAUCAUCAUCCCCUCGAUACGCUCCUCUCCCUCGCAAUUCCCUCGAUGCCAACGACUAUACCUACGAAUACAAAGAUACAUCUGUUUCCUCGCGGCGCAUCGCAUCCAAACUCCUUCGAGCCUGUCGGAGAAUCUGCAAACCAACAUACAUCUUCCUCUUCUUCAUCCUAUUUAUAUGCUGGCAGGUGGUCUUCAACGCCAGCUACACCAAUCCUCCCAAAUUCUCAAUCCCUAGCGACGAAAAGGUCUUCAUCGCAGCGAAUAUUGUGGACCCGAAAAUGAUAGAUGGGCUGUGGGGUGAUAAUUUGGUCGCGCUGGUGGAUGCGAUUGGAAAGGAGAGGGUUUACGUGAGUGUUUAUGGAGGUCCUAAAGAUUCGUUGAUGAGAUUGAGCGCGAGAUUACCCGGCGUGCAGAAGAGAAUUGUGGCAGAGUCAGAUGAUGUUAUUGAUCUUUCCACGUUACAUCGCAUUACUUUGCCGAGUGGCGUGACGAGAGUGAAGAGAAUUGAAUAUUUGGCGGAUGUGAGGAACAAGGCUUUGGACCCCAUGACAUCGGGAGAGGUGACGGAGAAGUAUGAGAGAGUGCUCUUCUUGAAUGAUGUUAUCUUUGACGUGGAGGGUGCCAUGAGAUUAUUGUGGGGGACGAAUGUCAAUGAAGAGGGAAAGGCCGAGUACAAGGCCGUUUGUGGUGCGGAUUUUAUUACGAGCUGGAAAUACUAUGAUACCUAUGCUACAAGGGAUACGGAGGGCUAUAGUAUCGGCGUACCAAUCUUUCCGUGGUUUGGAGGAAGAGGAGAUAGCACGAGUCGAAAGGAUGUUUUGGCUGGAAAGGAUGCGGUCAGGGUUAAGAGUUGUUGGGGGGGUAUUGUGGCGUUCGAUGGGAGAUUUUUCCAAAAGGAAAUCGCCAAGUCGACGACUUCGAGUUCGAAAGAGAGAGAAGCCCAAAACUCGGAUCAUGUCUACGAGCGUUCUUCCUCGCUCGCAGAACUUCCACUCAAAUUUCGAUCCGAACCAGAAUCUUUCUGGGAUUCGUCCGAGUGUUGUCUCAUUCACGCUGAUAUCCUCGCGACACCCGAUUUCUCAGAUUACACUACCAAUACCAAUGAAGCGUGGGGCGAAGGAAUUUUCAUGAAUCCUUUUGUAAGGGUGACAUAUGAUGCGAAAUCAUUCCACUACAUUAAGUAUGCGAAGAGAUUUGAGAGAUUAUUUACACCAUGGCAAGCGAUCAUCAACCAUUUUGCCCAUCUUCCUCGAUACAAUGAUAGGAGGAUGGAAAAUGAGGGAGACAUUGUGGAGGAUCGAUUGUGGAUUCCUAAUUCGUUCACCCCUGAACAGGAGCAAGCUAUGAUUGAUUUACAAAAGAAUUUUGGUGGAAAAUAUGGAAACGCUUCUGAUUCUAUGGAAAAGAAGAAGCACGGAAAGAGAGAUGUAGGUGAUGAGGAUUCGACCUGGCAAGGGUUUGAUUCUAUUCCAGCAUCAUCUUCAUCAUCGUACUUCUCUGCAAUAGUUGGAGGUCUUAAACCCCGUGCCAAGACGUCUCCACCACCAUCGAGAAUCAUGCAUGCGAAACGACAGAUUACACAAAGUGAUAAUGCGUUAGCAAAACCAAAAGGUUACUGGGAGAGAGAGGGUCGUUACGUGGAUUAUGAGAGAGUAGCCCGAAAGGGAGGAUACUGUGGAGUAAGACAAUUAACGAUUUUGAGAGAGGGAGUUAUUGGAAUUGGAGAAAAAGGAUGGGUAAAUCUCAGAGGGGAAGUACCGCCUAGGGAAGCUAAUGCGACGAGGGUAUAAAUUUAUGCCAUCAGUUUGUUUGUGUGGGUGGAUGGAAGAAAGAAAGGAGGAAUUUCGAUUGAUUGAUUGAUGAGUUGAAGAUAAACCAUUUUGUUUUUUUUUGGCGAAUAAACCGCAUGCGAUAUGUAUUGGGAUAUAAAAAUAGAUCGAUCGGCUUUGACCCCUUUGACGAAUAGCUAGUCGGGGAAUGAUAGGAGUAGGGCGUUGAAGAGUUUUCUUCUUCUUUUUUUCUUCUGGUGGAUGAAUGGAUGGAUAUGGGAUAUAUCUAUUACCUAUCUAUAUAUAUAAGCGAUAGGGUUUCUUUGUGGAUAGCACAUUCUAUCUUGAUUAUUUAGGGAUGGAUGGAUAAGGAAAUUAUACUCUUUUA